CACUGCCACUUUCUGAGCCAUCUCAAUCAGAACCAACCCCAUUCGACACAACGCCAUCAACGCAUAUAGCUUCGCACAAAUACCCAUACCAGGCCUCCUCAGGCCACACUUCCGCCACCAUGGCGCUCGACACUUUCUUCCACAACAAGAUUGAGAGCAUGAAGCUCGAGAUCAUCCAGGGCCAGGCAGUGUUACGACGAUUAGAGGCACAGCGCAACGAAUACAACAGCCGAGUGCGAUUACUCCGAGAAGAGCUGGGUCUGCUCCAGCAACCUGGUAGCUAUGUCGGUGAGGUCGUCAAGGUGAUGGGCACCAAGAAAGUGCUGGUCAAGGUGCAUCCUGAAGGCAAAUACGUGGUCGACAUCGCAGAUAACAUCGACAUCUCAAAACUCACUGCCGGCAAACGUGUCACCCUCCUCUCCGAUUCUUACAAACUCUCAUCGCUCCUCCCGUCCUCCGUCGACCCGCUCGUAUCGCUCAUGAUGGUCGAGAAGGUACCCGACAGCACAUACGACAUGAUUGGAGGGUUGGAUGAGCAGAUCAAGCAGAUCAAGGAAGUCAUCGAACUUGGUCUGAAGCAUCCCGAACUCUUCGAAUCGCUCGGUAUCGCGCAACCGAAGGGUGUCUUGCUUUAUGGUCCGCCAGGUACAGGAAAGACGCUGCUAGCAAGAGCAGUGGCCCAUCACACUGACUGCAAGUUCAUCCGUGUCUCGGGCUCGGAGCUGGUGCAGAAGUACAUCGGAGAGGGAUCGCGCAUGGUGAGAGAGCUCUUCGUCAUGGCCAGAGAGCAUGCACCAUCAAUCAUCUUCAUGGACGAGAUUGAUUCCAUCGGUUCAUCACGUGUGGAAGGCUCGUCCGGUGGUGACUCCGAAGUCCAGCGAACCAUGCUGGAACUCCUCAACCAACUGGAUGGAUUCGAGCCUACCAAGAACAUCAAGGUCAUCAUGGCCACCAAUCGUCUCGAUAUUCUCGACCCUGCCCUUCUUCGUCCCGGACGUAUCGACCGAAAGAUUGAGUUCCCACCGCCAACGACCGAAGCCAGAGCCGACAUUCUCCGCAUCCACUCGCGAAGCAUGAACUUGACGAGAGGCAUCAAUCUCACCAAGAUCGCUGAAAAGAUGAAUGGAUGCUCUGGAGCUGAGCUGAAGGGGGUGUGUACAGAAGCAGGCAUGUACGCGCUGAGAGAGCGAAGAGUUCAUGUGACGCAGGAGGAUUUCGACUUGGCAACUGCGAAGGUGUUGAACAAGCACGAUGAUAAGGAGAUGAGUUUGAGCAAGCUGUGGAAGUAGAUGAAGAGCGGGGAAGAGCAAGAAGCUUGUAUUAUACUUACAUGCAUCGCGUGCACUCCGGAUCAGGUAGGUCUGCACUGAAUGAUAGAGAGUGUACUUAAAGUAAACAGACUUCACGAGCA